AUGGGCAUCGUCAAACUAGCAGAUUUAAUUCGAUUGGAAGCACCCAACGCGAUUUCACACAAAGAUGUCAGUGACUACACAGGUAAAAGUCGAGCACCCACUCGACGUGUCAUCGCCCUGGAUACGUCGAUUGUGAUGAACCAGUUCCGUACGGCGAUACCGUCACUCAACCCGCUGACCGGCCUCUUCUUCCGCACGCUCACCUUUCUGGAACGUGACAUCAAACCCGUGUUUGUGUUGGACGGACCGCCUCCCGAAGAAAAGAUUGCCGCCCUUCGGAAACGAGCCCGGGCGGCGGGCUGGCCUUCCCCCUACCGUUUGGGCACAGGAUCGGUGCAAAAACAAGACUGUUUCCAUCUCCUCAAGCUUCUGGGUGUACCUGUUCUCCAAGCUCCGGGAGACGCCGAGCGCCUUUGCGCUUGGCUGGUCCGACGGGGGAGCGCGCGAGCCGUGGCGUCGGAGGACACCGACUCCUUGCCCUUCGGGGCUCAGCUUCUCCUUCGCCAGCUCGACGCCAAGAAAGACGGUGACAUUGUGGAAUACUCUUUACCCAAGUUGCUGGGGAAACUCCAACUCACUCACAAAGAGUUUGUUGACCUGUGCAUCUUGCUGGGAUGCGACUACUGUGACAAAAUAACGGGUUUGGGUCCCAAGAGAGCCCUGACGCUCAUCCAAAAGUACCGCAGCAUCGAAAAUGUGCUUUUGCACAUCAACAGACGGACUCAUCCGGUGCCAAAUGACUGGAAAUACGAAGAAGCCCGGAAGUUGUUUUUGGAAGAGCCGUGCGCCCGAGUACCCGAGUUGAUGUGGACCGAGCCGGACGAAGACGCUUUGGUCGGCUUCCUCUGCCGCCGCACCUACGUCAAGGAGGAAAGAAUCCGCCGUCGCAUGGAGAGAUUUCGACAGAUUCGGGAGAGCGAGCGAAAGCGAAGGGAAAAGGAGACCGCGGAGGGAGGCUACAGGCAAACUCGGAUGCAGGACUUUUUCAGAGUUCUCAGAAAGAGGGAGCAGCCCACGGAAUCCGCAGACCCUGGAAGCAGCAACAGAAAGAAACACAAAUUGAAAUAA